GCAACUGCGCCUUCGACAUGAAAUUUUGCUCGGGUAUUUAUUAUUUGAAGUUUAGAAACUGUUGAAACCUCUAGCAAAAGAGCAGCCCCAACUGUCCAGUGAAGCCAUGUUGCCAUUGACCAAUGUCGCUGAGCCUGACUGAGCGUCUAAGCAGCCAAGAAUCAAGCGCCGGUGUGAAGGGAACUGUUGCAACCGCUGAGUGGUGUGAUUGGAGCAUAUCACCAUGUCUACGCUAGAAUACCGAGACUCUCCGCACCGUUCACCGCAGGAAACACUUUACGAGUACUGCUGGUGCCGCAAUGUUACCAAGGAAGUGCGCAGUCUGAAAAUCGCAUGCUGCGACGCGCUUGUUCGAGAUGCCGGUGUCCUGCUUCGCGUCCUGCCAACCCUGCCAGUCACUUUCAUCCCCACUCUUCUUGCGAGAGCCGUGGAAGAUGGUCGGGACAGAGCCGCGCAACUUCUGGUCUCCUUCUGGCCCCAUAGCACGCUCGAUCUUCCGGCUGUUGUCGGUGGAACGUGUCCUAUAAUUCACCACCCGAAGCGCGUGCUCGCCACAACAGCUGUCGUGCGUGCAUUUGUAGAACUUUCGCUGAAAGGAGACUGCGAUAAUCUGUGCACUCUUAACGUCACAGGUUUCCAGAUUGGUCCUGGGCUGUUGGAGUUCGUUGAGCGUAAGAUGGCUGUAUUUUCUAAGAAGGAUACUUGGACCAGCCCGCGCCAUCUAAUAUGUGACUUCUUCAUUGGUGAACCGCACUCGUUUGACGUUUUCACCUCCCUUUUGCAGCACCGACUGAGCAAGAAAGUGCUGCUGUUUGAAAUCCGCAACCUCGAGGUCGAAGGCGUCGGUGAAACAAGGCUGCUGCAGCUCCUCGAAAUGCUCGACUCAGACGCGCUCACCGGACUCAGCGUGGCGUACAACUCUCUGCAGAAUCAAGGUUUGCUGCGGAUUUCAGAACAGCUUCGGCGCUUCCGUGGGCUCGUCGCACUCGAUCUGUCGUCCAACGGCGUACGCCGAGGAGACGUAAGGCACUACGACUACCUUUCGGACACCAUUCGUGUUAUGCCUCUGCUCCGGCGGCUCAACAUCAAAAGCUGUCGUAUUGGUGGCUACUUGAACACGCUUCUAGCUCGCUGCUCGCUAGAGAUGACUCAGUUGGAUCUGAGCGCUUGCGGCUUGCGACAACAGGACCUCAGGAUCAUUGGGCACUUUAACAAUCUUACCAGUCUGUUGCUAUCGGACAACAACUUCUUCAACAUGGUUGCAGAACUGAUUAGCGUGCUGCUUGUGUUAGAACGCCUGCGAGUGAUGCAUCUGUCCAACUGCGAAAUUCGAGCGGACGGCUUUAAUGUUCUAUGGGAGUCGCUGAGGGUUUCAAGCAGCCAUUUGUGCUCACUCGACCUUACAUGGAACAAGCUCUCGGAGGACAACCUUGCUAUGAUUGUAGGUGACCUUGAAGCUGGUUGGCUACCUCAUUUAGUUCAUUUGUUGCUUCCUGUACCAAGCAAUCCUAGCCCUGCCUACUUCGAGCUCAUCAAGCGCUUGGAAGCCACAAACCCACAUAUUAAGGUGCAGCCCGACCUAGUAUGAAAUAGCUUGCUCGUGCAUUGAGUACUGUGUGGUAUCUUGCAAGAGCAAAUUGACAAGACAUUUUCUGCCUUCUAAGCACUAAUAUGCUGAUGUGAUAGUAGUGACAUGUGUCACUGAAACCUGAAGCUUGCAGUUAUAUGUCGAAUCCAAUCAUUGUGGAUUGCCUACAACAAGACAUACUAGACUUUGCCACUGAACGACAGCCCACCCUUGACAGCUUUAUGCACUAAGAAGACAGGUGUGUUUGUACUACCAUGUUGUACUAACGUCUCUGUUGCAUUUUCUCUGGAUGCAAAAGUUCAUUGCUGUCUAAACUUACAAGCAGAGUGAUUCAAAAUAUUGCUUCCAGUAUAUUUAUAGUGCAUUACUAAGCAGCAAUCUUUACAGUUUGAUGCCAUUUUUCCUGUUUAUCAAGCACUUGUAAAUCAAAAUUUUUUAUUGAUCUCCAAAAGUAAAUGGCACUUCAAGAAAAUAUAAAUAUUAAAAUACAUUUUCUUAUCUGUUGCAUAUUCAAGGUAUGUAACUUUUCUGAACUUUCUAUGAAGUGCUGUUAUACAAAUUUGAAUGGUACAAAUCCUUUUUAUUCCUUUGUGGACACAGUGUGGCAUUUAUGUAGUUAAUUAUGUAGUAUUCUUACCACAGGGGCACAGAAAACGACAUUAACUUUCUGAUGACUCAAAAAUUGAAUGUUAUAUGUACGAUGCCACUCAGGCAAAUCAAAUGACAUUCUCGGUGCCAUUUGUUGUCUGUUGCCUUUACUGGUGUUUAUGGCAGCAAAAGUUUAUACAUGAUUUUUAACCUGUCGUUUUUUUCACUGACUUCUAAGCUGAUUUUUCUCGGUUGCACCAUAGCAAAAUUUACUUCUUGAUCGCAACAGCUUCGACAUGACAGGCACCAUGGCGUAUCAUAGGCUUCGUAUUCAACAUGUAAUAGAUGAACUUGCUGUGGUCGGUUGAAAUGUAAAGUACCGAAACAAAUGGAAGCUAAUGGCAAUCUAAUAUACUUAUAACUACAGAGAGCUGAGCUAUUUAGUAAGUAUUCACUAUAAAACAAACAUGGCGGGCACACACAGAAUGAAGGAAGUCGGGACUCCGCAUAUGCCACACCAAUAUGCUUGCUUCUACAUUUCUCUAUUAUUAAAUGUAGGUUUAAAUUUUAUUAUUAUCAUAAAAUUGUAUUAGCAUAAAAUUGCUAGUAUUGGCAAAAGUCACCGUUAUUAACAUCAGAUCCAAUGCCAUUAAAUUUAGACAUGUGGUAGCUCGGCUAAAAAAAAUCUCAGUUAGGAACUUAAUGGCUUGAAUAUAGAAUGUCAUUUCAUGAAUCCGUGUUGCAUGGCCAUGUCUAACUUACUAAAAUAUGUUAGCAAUUUCAUUUUUACAUUUAAUGAGCCUACUUAUUAUAGAAAUUUGAACAGUUGUAUGCAAGCAAAUACAUUUUGCAUGGGUAGAAGUACUGCGUCGAUUGCGCCAAUCUGACCUGCUGUGUCAGACUGCGCAUAAACGGCAAUUUCCGCAAUAACUGUCGAUUGGGAGUGUAAGCCCCCAAAUCUAGCCGAUUAUUGUCGACCGAGCAACACUGAGCGUUGGCUAUACAGUAAACCCGGCCGCAUUUAUAUCCGGUGUAGUUCAAAUAUGUUGGCAUUCGGUUCAUUCAUAGGGCUUGCUAGUGCUCGUCUCAUCGCUGUUAUCACCGCGAUUUCCUCGCAAAAGUGGUGGCGCCAACACGAGUAACUGUCGAUUUUCUGGUUGUGCACAGAUGCACUAAAUGGCAGUGCGUGUUUACAAGGACAAAUGUAAUUCUUCGUCGUGUGCCAUCGCCACCAAUAAGCAAACACUGUACCACAACAGAUGUUGCCUGGAGUGCCCCCCAGAAAGUCCUUCCCUCAGUUUUACUAAAGUGCGCAAAUGAUGCUCGGCUGGCUCUUUCGCACUAUAUUUUCAUAGCGUGCAGUAAUGACGCCAAGGAGCAUUUCGAAACUAUCACAUGGUCCGGGAUAUGCAGCUACUGAGAUAAGCGACAGCACGGACACUAUGCGCUUUCUGCGAUACAUGUGCGCACUUCUUUACUGUGAUCGGAUACGAAGUGACAACUGACAGUUUCAUUGAAACAUGGAGCAGUCAUGUGCACAUACUCCUGUUUAUUUGCACGCAGCACGGCACCAUUGCUGCCCACGUCGAAACUGCCUGGCGGCUUACUGUAUCGUCUGCAUAUAUUCGCCUUGUGAAUUGCUCAUCCCCACUUCGCUUCAAACUGAUUAGCAGAGUAGUGCGUUUAAUUAGGGUGGGGAGCAAAGUGCAUUGCGGUUAUAAAAACAAGAGAUAGGCAUCGCUUUUUCCUUGUUUUCUCUGAGAAUUCUCUGUCACCCGUGACACACACACAUCUGUGUGUUGUAAGUCUCGUAAGCUCAUUGGUACUGAAUGUUCAGUGAAAACCAUUAGAAUUUUUUUUUACCAGAAAUAAUUUUGAUUGACGAUGAUGUUUUACCCCAGAAAGCUGUUCCAAAACACACCUUUUGGUGCUCCCAACUUGCUCCAAAACUUUCAUCUUUACUGCACCAAAGCUGCUCCAAAACAGCAUUAUUCCUGCUCCCUGAGCUCCCCCAAAACACUAAAGUCCACUUCCACCCCUGAUUUUGCUAGAUUUUCCUACCAAGCUAUUUCUUCAAAAUUAUUGUCCUGGAAUUCACAGUGCUGUUUUCAUUCUGUAGCUGGAACAGUGUGUAUUGCACACCACCGUGUAGCUGAUUGCAGUUCCUGUGUGCUUGUCAAAAACUAAUUUAAAAGCACUGAUACCAAGAAAGGACGACACUUUUUUUAUGUUACCUUCUUGUCCUGCGUUGAGAAAAGAUGGCAGGAAGUCUUGUUGGUAUUCUGUUAUUGAUGCACUAGUUUUUCACUUUUAUAUAUAUUUUUUAUAUAUUUUUCACUUUUAAUGUAAAAGUUUUUGUACAAGUUUUAGAGUAAACUUUUUUAUUGUAUAUGACAUUUACAUAUAUCAGAUAAGGAGUGCAUUCUUAUAGUAAACAGGAAAACUAUUUUGAAGCGAUAGUGUUGAGCAAGAUAUGAAAAGAUAUAAACUUGAAGCAAAAGACAGGAUCCUGUAUAUUUUAGUGUUGUUAAAGGGACCCUGCGACACAUAUGAAGCAUGCAGUUUUCAUCGCUUCUUCUCAAACUAUUGAGUGCUCCGUUAUCCUUGUGUGAAUGAGAACACCAAAAACAAAGUUGCAAUAAUUUUAUUUCAUUAAGGAAACCACACUGUUUUCGGACUAGAGCGACACACAGCGACUAUUUUUGUGAUUAGGAGUGACAACAUUGGCCUUGCCUUUUGAUUGAUUCAACGCGACCAGUGAAAGUCAGUGUCGUUUAUUAUUCUAUUGUACAUUGAAAUUGAUGAGAUACAGAAAUAUAUACAAAUGAGAGCC